AUGUCUCAGGCCAUUGGCAACACCGCAUUAGCAUAUGUGCGAACAUGGCAUUUAGUAGACGCAAAACAACGUAUAUUAGGUCGUAUGGCUGCUAACAUUGCAACCACCUUAAUGGGAAAGCAUAAACCUAUUUAUGACCCUGCUUCCGAUUGUGGUGACUAUGUAGUAGUCAUAAAUUCAAAAGAAGUUGCAGUAACUGGUAAGAAAGCCGAACAAAAAUUAUAUCGUCAUCAUAGUGGAUAUCCUGGAGGCCUAAAAACAAUUCCCUACAAGGAUAUGUUAGAAAAAAAACCUGACGAGAUUAUCAGAAAAGCAGUUUCGGGAAUGCUUCCAAAAAAUCGUUUACGUUAUAGACGAUUGAAUCGAUUAUUCAUAUUUCCAGAUGAUAAUCAUCCUUAUGAAAAAAAUAUAUUAAAAUUUUAUGAUCACACAUUGAAUGAACUUAGUUUAUCUGAUAAAAAAAAAUUGACAACAAAAAGAACAGUGUAA